AUGCGUGACCGUCACGUCAAUAUGCACCUCAACCUGCGCCCCUUCGACUGCCCUGUCUGCGGAAAGAAGUUCAAGAUGAAACACCACCUAACGGAACACAUGAAAACGCACACAGGCGUAAAACCGUACGAGUGUGAAGUGUGCGCCAAGAAGUUUAUGUGGAGAGACAGUUUCAUGAGGCAUCGUGGGCACUGCGAAAGGAGGCACAGGGCAGUGGCAGGAGGAGGAGGAACGGGGCAAGGAAUUACGGAAGCCCCAUCUGUGUAA